UAAAUAUUACGUUAUUGACAAUGUGUGACACCGAAACGCGCGUCAAUUGCGAAAAAAAAAAUAUUGUAUGCUACAUACUUUUUGUACAGGUAUUUAAAUAAUUAAUCGACUGCAGUCAGAGUGCAAUUUACUUGUGGACCGUGAUACGGGGAAUUUUUAACAAUAUAAAUAUUACUGUCUUUUGAUAAUCAAAACUACCUUUGGAUUUCAUAUCGCAUUAAUUAUUGUCUAUCUUAUAAUAUCCUUAUUAUAACAAAACAAUAGGUACAAUUAUCAAAUAGGAUAGCCAUAUGGUGCGCACGGUGUUCGAAUUGUGUAACGCAAUCAUAACAAAAUAACUUAUACAUUUUGUUAUUUCGGGAAAAAUCAAUUAAGCAAAUAAUUCUAUAAUUUAAGUUAUAAUUAAUUGUUAUUUCUGCGUCCAUUUUAAGUUGACACUAAUUUCAACAUUCUCAACACAAUAUGUAUCAGAGGUUUAUUGAUGAUUCUUCUGCUGGUACGUCGUCUUUGGUAGCUAUGACCCCAGACGAAUUACAAUCAUCAUCUCUUAAGUCCACUAUGCCCAAAUCAAUGUGUGAGAAGACAUCAACACUUAGAUUCUUGCAUGCCAAAAAGAAGUCUGGCCGUGAAUAUACAGUUUCCAUUAUUCUUAUAUGUAUUUGGCUCUUUUGUACUAUAGUUCUUAUGGCAAAACAAGAAAGGAAAGUAGAUGAUGUCCAUCAAAUAACAUUAGCUCCAAAUGAAACUAAAACUCAGAUAAUAUAUAAAAACUAUAUGCCAAAUACAAAUAAAAUACAAUUGAUAUUGGCUGGUGCAUUUCUGCCUGAUUAUUAUAGUACUUUGGCAACACAUUUUUUUAACAUUUGGAUAGAGUUUGAACCAGCUGAAGAUUAUGAUAUGCCCUCAAAACUAGGAUUAAAAUUGGAAGACAUUCAUCAAAGCAGGAAUAUAACUCAAGUAUGGUCAAUACCAAUUGUAAGCGAAUCACUUGUUGAAGUUGUUCCUGAAAUGCAUCAUAAUAAAAUUUUUAAAUUGUUUUCCAAUGUUACUCUACAUGGCGAUACUAGACUUUGUAUGAAUACUACAUUGAGCACUAACUUUCCUAUUGCAUUGACGUAUGAUUUGUUUCCAAUCAACACAGAAUAUGGUAUAAUUUAUGCUGCUCUUGUAUUAAUUGGACUUUAUAUACUAAUUAUAACUGAAGUUGUACACAAAUCAAUUGCAGCAAUAUUAGCAGCCACUAUGUCAAUAUCCAUUCUGGCACUUUUAGAUGAGAGACCAACCAAAGAUGAAUUGUCUUCUUGGGUGGAUAUUGAAACGUUGCUUCUCCUUUUCUGUAUGAUGGUUAUUGUUGGUAUUUUAUCCGAAACAGGCAUUUUUGAUUACUUGGCAAUAGUAGCAUACAAAGAAACCAAAGGUAAAAUUUGGCCAUUAAUCAAUACAUUGUGCUUCUUUACUGCUAUUGUAUCUUCUAUAUUGGAUAAUGUUACUACUGUUCUCCUAAUGACACCUAUAACCAUAAGGUUAUGUGAAGUAAUGCAAAUGAAUCCAGUACCCACUCUUAUGUGUAUUAUAUUUUAUGCAAACUUAGGAGGGGCUUUAACAUUAAUUGGAGAUCCACCAAAUGUAAUAAUUGGAACAAAUAAAGAUGUUAUUGCAAGCGGAAUCGAUUUUACAACAUUUUCUUUACACAUGGGUGCUGGUUUAGUAUUCAUAUUUAUAACAGUAAAUCUACAUUUACGGUUUAUUUUCCGCAAUAUGCAAGAUUUAAAAUUUACUGAACCUCCUAAUGUUACUGAAUUAAGACAAGAAUUGGCAAUUUGGCAAAAAGCCGCAUAUUCUUUGUCUUCAUACUCAAAAGAAGAAGGAGUAGUAAGAGAUAAACUUCUAAGAAAAUGUAAAACUAUUUUUUCAAAGCUUAAAGACACUCUUAAAGGUUUCAAGAUUGAUGUUCUACCAACAGAAAGACUUCAAAAUUAUGAUGAAUCCAUCAAGGAUUUCUUGAAUAAGGAAAAUCCUUUAGAUAAAAGUCUUUUAUGGAAAUGUGCUAUUUCAUUAGGUUUUGUUAUUACUUUGUUUUGCCUGCAUUCAAUUCCUCAACUAAAUCUUAGUCUUGGAUGGAUUGCUUUACUUGGAACAUUACUCUUGUUUAUUCUUGCUGAUCAUGUUGAUAUUGAAUGCAUACUGGGCCGAAUUGAAUGGGCUACAUUGUCAUUUUUUGCUGCGUUAUUUAUUUUAAUUGGGGCAUUAUCUGAGCUAGGUUUAAUCGAGUGGGUAGGUAAACAGACAGAAAUGAUAAUUAUGUCUGUAGCCAAAGAGUACCGAUUGUCAGUUGCUAUAAUUUUAAUUCUUUGGGUUUCUACUAUUGUCUCCUCAUUUGUUGACAAUAUUCCAUUGACUACUAUGAUGAUAAAGGUGAUAACAUCAUUGUCUCAAAAUCCUGAGCUAGAAUUACCAUUACCGCCUUUAGUAUAUGCAUUAGCAUUUGGUGGUUGUCUUGGUGGGAAUGGAACACUGAUUGCUGCUUCAUGUAAUAUGGUAUGUGCUGGAGUAGCUGAACAACAUGGAUACCGAAUGUCCUUUGUGCAAUUCUUCAAAGUUGGAUACCCAGUGAUGUUAGGUAGCAUAGUUAUUGCUACAGUAUAUUUGCUUGUAAGUCAUGUGACAUUUGGAUGGAAUACUUAAUGUUAUUUGUUACAUCAUCAGAUUUUCAAAUAAUGUUCCUGUAAAAAUAUCUAACAAGAAGAUAAAUAAAUUUUCUAUAUUUUAGUUUAAAUUUAAAUUUAAAUUGUUUUUUCUUAUUUAAGUAGUAUUAAGUAUAUUAAUUAUUGUUUAUUUAAAAAAAAAAUCCUUUUUAGCUAACUCAACUAUUUUGAGCAUAAUAUUUUAUUCUUUUGAUUUAUAUUCAAAUAAAUAAAUUAGUUCUAUUUUUAACAUGAAUUAUAUUUUGAAUAUUUUUAUGCUAACAUUUACUUAUUACUAACUAUAGUACCUAGUAGCUAAUGGAUUUUAUGUAUGUAUAAAUAGUAUAUAAGUAAUAUAGUUAUUUUGUUUAAAUAUAUUUUUUUAAAUCUAUAAAUAUCAGGCCCGUAUACAGGGGGAUUAGGGGUUCAACCCCCCCCCCCUCCCCCCGAACUUUUAUAUUUUGUAGUGUUUAAUAGUAUUAAUCAAAUUAUAAUAUAAUUAUGUAUUUUAGUUCA